AUGCUGACCUCAAGCCACAACCAUACACCACCAAAAGUCUCGCCACGGGCGUCCUCCGAAACCGUUGCCCGACCAACCAAUAAUAAUCCACGCGUCGUAACCCCGGCUACAACCACGACGUGGCCCCUGCGCCACCCACGCCCGCCAUGCCACCUGAAUUGGCCCCCUGGGUCCACUUUUCCAGCCCGAACACACUUGAAACGCACUCAAGCUCUGAUUGAUCCCCAGGACGGCCAAUUCAUGCCGUACUUCGAGCGCUCUCCAGUCUCGACGCCGGACCAGGAGUGCGAUGAGCCGCACUACUUUGACCACCCCUACACCUCGUACGACUCGUCGCCAGACUCGGUCCUGAGCCCGUUGCGCUCCCGGGCCAACUCAAUAGCCCUGAAGAAGCUCAUGGAGACCCAGAUGCAGAUGCUGCUUGACAUCAGCGCGGCUUGGAAGAAGAAGUACCCUUGCUACCCAGCCCGUGUCCUUUCUCCCCGCCAACCCUAUCUUCAUGAAAUCCAAUUGAUCCUCAUACCCGCCGGACCUUCUCGAGUCACACAAACAUCGCCAGAAGAAGAACACAUUAAAGAACCGAGCCCGCCUCUUCCCGCGCCGGGUGACUAG